AUGCGCUACUGCGCCAUAUGGUGGUGUCUUCUAAUUGGGGCACUCGACGCUGGUGAUCCAAAUAGAUCCGUCGAGGAAAAAACUGAGGACAUCCUUGAACGACUCUCAGAAGCAAAUGCAAAAGAAGCAAAAUGGAAAAGAAAACAAGAGAAGGCGAUGAAGCGCCUGGAAAAAGUAACGGGAAAGCUUUAUGAAGGUAGUUCUAUUUCCCUCAAAUCCGCGGGGGUAAAUGAUGGUGCGGCGAUUUUCGAGGGGCGACCGGAUUUUGUUGAGCUUCAGCAGGACGUCGAGCUGGAACAGACGCUCUUUACUGAUGACGAAGCGAACAAUGACAACCACAUUCUUCUUGAAGACGAUAUUAUCAUUCCGGUAGAUCAUCAGCCAAGGAACGAGGAAGAACAAAUCGCAACUAUCCUGAACGCAGUCAAGGAUCCUGCUCGACUUUGGCCAAAAGAUCGCGAUGGUAUCGUCCGCAUUCCAUACCUCAUGGAACGAAACAAGUACAACCAGACCUCCGUCAAUCUGAUUCAAGAAGCCAUGGACGUACUCCGCAAAUACACCUGUAUUUCUUUCGAGCAGAGACGUAACGAAAACGAUUUCGUCCGUAUUGCCCCCGUUCAAGGUUGUGCUGCAUCGGUCGGAAAGCGAACAGGAAGAAAUGACAUCUACCUUGAUCAGCCCAAUUGCAUGAAAGUGGGCAUUAUCAUCCACGAGCUGCUUCACAUUGUCGGCUUUAACCAUGAACAGUCAAGAUCGGAUCGAGACGACUAUGUCGACAUUAUUUUCGACAACAUUGUCCCUGGCUCCAACUAUAGAGUUAACUUCAACAAGGCCGUCACGAACAACCUGGUCGUCUACGAUUACAACUCUGUCCUUCACUACCCGCGCUUGUCCUGGAACAAGAAGCCGUAUCUCCAAACAAUCGUUCCAAAAACGAUGCCCAAGCCUAAAAUAGGUCAGCGAGACAGACUCUCGCCUCUUGAUAUCGAGGAAGUUCGCGGGCUCUAUUCAUGCUCCAAAUCGUCUUAUGCGUUUUGUGGUGGUGAAUUGGAUACUGAAGGCACCUUCAAAAGCAAUAAAUUUCCAAAUGGAUACGAGGAAGGCGAACACUGCACCUGGAAACUCACAGCUAGAAAGGGUGCAUUCGUCGAGCUGACUUUCGACGUGGUCGAUUUAUAUGAAAGCUACACUUGCGAAGAUGACGCAAUUAUCGUUCACGAUGGAGAUUCUCCAAAAGCACAAGCCUGGAGAGGAAUCUGCGGACAAAAGACUAAUCUCAAAAUCACUUCUACUGGCCAGUCCCUGUACGUUAUUUUCGCCACAGAACCGGGAUGGUUUCCUGGAAAAAAUCCAGAAUAUGAGAAAAGAAAGAACAAGCGAGGAUUCAAGGCCAGCUUCAAAACUGUUCACUGGCCUGGUGAUGGCCCACCACCGAUUCAAGGCAACGACUACGGUCCUAAGACAGCGAAAACAGAAGAUGACUUUUUCUGCGACUUCCACUACAGCUACAGCAAAAAGAAUGAUGCGGUUUGCGGGAUGGAAAGCGAAGGUCUUAUCGCCGAUUUCAAAUGGGAGGUCGGGCGUGGCUAUUCUAAGUCUGACAAAACGGGCUAUCAAAAAAGCAGCAAAAAAGACAGCACUUCAAAAGCUGGUGCAGAUGAAGUGAACUAUGACGACUACUCCUCUUCUUCGAGCAUCAAAUUCUCAGAUGUAGAUUUAGGCUACAAUGGUACUAGUAGUUCUGAUGACGACGAAGAUCGAUGGCUUUUCUUCAACAGCAAGGAUCGGCAAGUGGCUGACACAGCUUCAAUUAUGACACCGUGGCUUAGCCCGACUUCCAAGUGCAUUAACUUUGACUAUCUCAUGCACUCGACUGAUCAGAUGGGAACGUUGAAUGUCAAAUCCGUGGAGAUAAAUAAUCGAGGCGAUAUUGUCCCGUCUCUUUUGACUGAAAUUACAGGCAAACAGGGGAUUAACUGGAAGAACAAGCACCUCAAAUGGGAACCCACGAUCACGAACCUCGACGCAGUGAAGUUUAUCUUUGAGGGUUGGGUCUAUGGAGAAUGGUCGGAUAUUCUUAUUGAUAAUUUAAACAUCACCAAAGGAUGUUCCGCUGACGAUUUGGAACUUGUCGAGACAUACGAGUGUGCUUUUGAAAAUGAGCAUCUUUGUGGCGCAACCCACGGCGAAACAGAGCAGAAAUGGAAUCUGAACAAGGGACAGACUCCAAGUAAAUCAACAGGUCCAAUCGGUGAUCACACAACUGGUUCCGGAAUGUACCUCUUCCUCGAAGCAUCACAGCCCGCCGUGAGAGGAGAUCGUCUUCAGCUCAAGCUUCCGCCACUCACUGAGACAGAACACUGUCUGUCUUUCUGGUAUCACAUGUAUGGCCAAGAAACAGGAAGUCUACGAGCAAAGAUCAAACUUGGUGAAAACGGACUGGAACGUGUACUGUGGGAGCAAAGUGGCGAACGACUUGAUAAAUGGUACCGAAUGGAGGUAGAAAUCGAGCCGAAAUUUUUCUUGAAUGAUGCUGGAAAAGACAGUUUCUCUUACGGAGAGGAGGUCAAAGAGGAUGCUUACCAAUUUGACCCGACUAUUCUCACAUCAUCAAAAGGGUCAUCAUCGGAUGGGCUUCCAAUUUAUGAUUACGAGACAGAAGAUUAUGAAAGCAGCGAAUCGGAGAUGUCCGAAUCCCGAAAACGACGUCAAGCUUAUGACAAUGAUGUUGCCAUACAUCACACCGGAAGUGAUGGAAAUGGAGCAACUGGUAUUCUUAUGACCGACGCCGAUUUUGCUGAUAUGCUUGAAUACAUCCAGACGAUGCAAGACGAGAUGCAAAUGGACGCCGUCAAAAGAAUCGCGUCCAAAGCUGGCAAAGGUGUUUUCAUCACGAUCGAAGGAGAGCGUGGUCAUGGUUACAGAGGCGAUAUGGCCAUCGAUGACGUACGAGUCACAAACUCAAGAUGCUCAAUCUGGACGGAUUGGACUGGAUGGAAUCAAUGCUCGCAUACUUGCGGUGGCGGUGUCCAGAUCCGAGAGCGAGAGUGCACUCUGAAGAAUAUUGAAAAGUGCAACGGAGACUUCAAAGAAAACCGCAGCUGUAAUAUGCAUCCUUGUGAUGGUUGGUCUUGCAACUUCAACAAAGGUCUUGACGAUAAAUGUGCGAUGAGACAAUCUCCAGGAAUGGCAAAGCAUGAUUGGAUUGUUCAUUCGGGCUACACUCCUACUGAAGGAACUGGUCCACAGACUGAUGUGUCUGGAAAAGGAGGUUAUAUUUUCCUUGAAGCUUCCAAACCUGCCAGACCCGGUGAUAAUGCAAUGAUCGCGACGAAAAAAUUCGAGAUGGACUCUGAUUACUGUCUGAAUUUCUACUACCAUAUGUGGACUACCAGUACCGUCAGAAGUCCAAUGGGAGAGUUGAAAGUUUACAUGAUCAGAAAUGGCCAACGACCCGAUAAAUCAACUAUGAUUUGGUAUAAAAGUGGAGAUCAGGGCAAAAACUGGAUCAACGCAAGAAUCAGUGUCAAAAAAGAUAAUAAGGGACCGUUCAUGUUCCUAUUUGAGGCAACUCGAGGAAAUUCGUACAAAUCGGACAUUGGUCUUGAUGAAAUUUCCUUGAUUCCCAGCGACUGCAACGCUGUCAAACAAUUCGAUGAAAACAGUCUUGAACAACGUGUCGAAGCACUUGUUGCUGAUUUGGCUCUUCCAAAAGGCCUUGAAAUGUGCGACAUGAACAAGAAGAACAUUCAUCAAUGCGGCUGGAGUCAACUGGGUGGACGAAUCGAUGCAGUAGAUUUUAAACGGACGGCUUCUCGUACUCCAUCUGACGAGACUGGGCCAGAAGCUGGUCGCGGACCCAUCAUAACUAAAAAUUACGACCAAGCUGAUCAGUACUUGUACCUCGAGGCGUCAGAUGUCGAAAAUGGACAAGGAGCUCGAAUCAAAUCUAUUCCCAUGGCAUCGAUUCCGUACUGUGUAUCCCUCGACUAUCACAUGUGGGGAUCUGGAACUGGCUCCUUAGCUAUCACUGCUCUAGAAAAAACGCAGAGCCAAGUCUUGGAUAUCAAAACUACCCUCGAAGGCGAAGAAGACGACGAAGAAGAAGACGAUGAUAAAGCUUCUCGCAGAGAACUCGUCGUACUGAAAGGCGACAAAGGAAACUUAUGGAACAACUUGAGGUAUAACUACAGACCAACAAAUGAGAGCUUUCAAGUUGCCUUUGACGUUUUUGCCACGAGAGGGGACAACUUCAAAUCUGACAUUGCCAUUGAUAAUCUUGUCGUUCGACCUGGCCCAUGCAUUGAAAUUGUUUCUGUCGGAACUGAUGAGUUCCACGUCAGAUGGGGCGCCGUCGAAAACCUCUUGACAUUUGAAGUCAAUGUCGAGCCUCCAAUUCAAACACAUACAAAUGGAAACACUACAGUAACAGAAAUCAAAUUCAUUCGAUUUGUCAGCCCAGAUACAGAUUACAAGAUCACUCUCAAAACAAUCACUAAAGACGGUGACAAUAUUGAAGAAUACAACUCCGAGGCCACCUUCCGCACACUUCCAAAACUUGGCAUUAUGCUAGCCGCCAACACAAAAUCACGCUCAACACAAUUGAUAAGAUUGAAAAACGAUGAUUUUGCCGGCUAUGAAAUAACCGUGUGGCCGGAGUCAGAGAGUUUCAAGAAUGGUCUUUACAUGGACUUGAGCAUUUGGGAGUCGUUCGAGGCUGCCGGGAUCCCCCAAUGCGGCGGUCGCGGUGAAAACUGUGUUCAAACGGCUGUUGGUGGUUUGCGAGGUGGUUCGACACAUAACAUCAAUAUUCGCGGUAUUGGAAAAGGCGGUUCUAACUACAAAUCAAACAUCGUCAAAAUCGUUGUCUCAACUGGUCCACUUCCUCCACCGCAUGCAGUUCGACCGAUGACGACUGAGUUCCAACUUGGAUGGCAAAAUCCAAAGGGGUCUAGGGGAACUGUUAUCAAAAUCGAUCCGAAACCAGCUCAAAUGUCAAGCUCGAUACUUCCACCAACAAAAGACAACUUAAUUAUCAAAGGCCUUGAACCAGAUACGGAGUUCAACAUCACGAUGUUUGUUAUCGGUUAUCUUCCUGUCAUACCCAAGUCUGCACAGGAGUUCGAGCUUCUUGUCGAAAAACAUGCGUUAACAAAACUUUCCGACGAGAAGACAUUUACCGUGAGAACAGGGCCCGAACCGCCAAAACUAUCAGUUGUGGAACAACGAAAGGAUUCAGUCAAAAUCGACUGGUCAGACUACGCUGAGAGCGACGAAGCGUCAUAUUUAGUUCAUUUGAACCCUUCAAAUGGUCAAUUAUUCGAAAAAGCUCAGGGAGUCAACCGACCUGUCGAAGUGAUGAAUAAAUUCUUAACAGUGGGCAAUCUUCAUCCUGAUAUUGAGUACACGUUGACCCUAUCUGCCAAACUCGAUGAUACAUACACAGAUGAGGUCCAAAUCAAGUUCAAGGCCAAUUGUGAGCGGUCUCAUUAUCAAAUGGAUUCAAAAGAAACAACUAAACUUGGACCAUACAAUUUAGGAGAUUAUUGGACUGUCUGUACCUGGGCUCGAGCAGCGCCAUCAAUGCCAUCAGUUCUCUCGCUUAUGCAACCCUCUGCUUCAGGCGUAUCAUCAGUACUUUCACUGUCAACAACAGCGAGUGGUUGGAAAGUAAAUGUUGGCGGAAAGUCUGCAGAAAAAGAAAUGUCAGUCACUGAUCUCUCUUUUAUCUGCGUGACCCAGGAUUCCGAUGAGCAGGAGCAUCGGAUUUUUGUGAACUCUGAGCAAAUUGAAGCCUCUUCAAGUGCCUUUGAAAAGAUCACGGGAGCAGCCGUAUUUGUUGGUCAAGGUCCUUCCACCAUAAUUGAUGCUAAUGUCUGGCCUUUUGUUCUCAGCGACACUGAAAUCAACAUUCAACGAACUAGCCCGAUUCAGUGUAUUUCUGGAAUGAUUACACCAUCUGUCAUUCCACCAUCAACUCAUCAAAGAUCGCCACCAAGACCGGAAAUUUCUGUUGUCUCGACAAGUUCCUCUCAAGUUGAAGUCAACCUAGAGUCGAAGGGGUUGAUCACUUCCAUGUUUGUUGAGCUCAGCCCUCCAUCUGCGCAAUUCAAAAACGGAAUCAAAUCGGGAAGUGACGAUAAAAUGAUCAUCAAGGGACUUGACAGCGAUACCAAUUAUUCUCUAACAAUUGUUUAUCUACUGGCUGCACAAAAGUCAGAAGCUGGACAGAUUCUUUUUAGAACAGCGACAGAGAAACCGGUUUUAACUGCACCAUCAGUCGAAUCGUCCUUGAUUUAUCUCCAGUGGGACGAGAUUCCAGGUGCUAUCGCUUACGAACUGGUAAGCUCAGAGGCACAGUUGAGCGAGCGACUAAAUGAGACGUACUAUCACGCCGAAUUCCUGAAUGGAAGCACUGAGUACACUUUUGAAGUCAGAGCAGUCAUCGAUGAUGAUGAAAAUAUCCGCACUGAUUAUGCAAAAACGACAAUCUCUACAGUUCCAUCUCUAGAUAACUUCUCUGCGAAGGCACGAUCGACAUCACUGAGGCUAACCUGGGAUGUUGCUACCAAACCAGACUUCUACAAUGUUUUGAUAAAUCCACCGAUUCCCAAUUUUGAUGGAUAUAUGGUCGAGCUUGAGAGUCCGCUUUUACUUGACGGUGCUAGUCCAAACACAAUCUAUUCGAUCGUUAUGACUGCCACUUAUUCAUCCAGCGGAGCUUCAGGUUAUCAGGGAAAGACAGACAAGGUCUUUAGUAUUCCCAAGACGGCCCCACUUCUCGAAAACUCGAGAGUCGCCCUCCUGCAGUCAUCGCAGAUCGCCAUCGCUCUCGGUUACGUUAUGGGUGCCAAGGAUCUGCGAGUCGUCGUGGAACCACCAAUUGCAUCAAUUACCAACGGGCUCCAAGGAGGCUUUGCUAACUUUGUUCGACUCACUCAAAUGAUCCCUCUGACCAAGUACGAGAUUGCGAUCUCAGCACUUGUCGCUAAUGCUGAAACCGACGCUGUCAUUUUCACUGAAGAAACUGCACCAAGCGGAAGUGGCGUUAAUAUCGAGGAGAUAACGUCUUCUUCGGUUCAGGUAUCCUGGUCUGCUGUUGAGCACGUGAUUCGAUAUCGAGUGAUUUUGAAGAAGGGAUCACAAACUGUCUAUGAUGCUUUCAAAGAUGCCAAUGAGUUGAGCAUUGUUUUGAGCUAUCUCGAGCCUGAAUCUUCGUACAAUGUCUUCAUCUCAGGAGAAAUGGAGAAUCAAGUGAGAACUGAUCCAGCUUCGCAAAGAUUCACUACAUUGCCCCAAGUCACUGGAAUUUCCGCUAAACAUAUCGCAAGUACAUCGUUCACGGUAGAAUGGCCCGAAGUUGAAGGCGUGACUCGCUGGGACUUCAAAGUCGUUGGCGAAGUGACGAUUCACCUCAGCGGUAUGCACUCCGCCACCGUUACAAACCUCCUGCCUGGAACUGAUUACAGUCUCUCACUCGUUGGUAUUUUCGAUGAAGUCCGACGGACAGACAUUUUCUAUAAAAAUAUUAUGACAGCAAGCGCUGCUCCUCAAGUUGACAUUACGAAUGUUCAGUCAACUGCAUUCAAUAUUCUCUGGAAGUCUGUUCCAAAUGCUCAAGGAUACGAUGUCGCGAUUGAGCCGCCAGUUGACGACUUCGAUAAUUCUCUCGUUGAUUCUAGCACGAGCUACUUAUCAAUUUUCGAAGCUGAGCCAAAUACUCAGUACACAGUCUCUAUCAAAGCCAUCUUCAACGAAAUCGUCGAAACGGAUCGAACCGUUUUGAAGACGCAGACUGCGUUCACCCUCGAAUCUCCAAAAGCGGAUUUUAUUGGAAACACGACUGCAUCUAUCUCUUGGGUCGAUCAUCGCCAUGAAGAGGAGAAAGAGGCUGAGAGGGAAGGAUCCGCCGAUCAUGACGACCACCUUGGCGUUAUCAAUUACUUCGUCAGCAUCAACCCUCCUCCAAUUGGUGGAGAAUCUCGAAACUUGGCCAUGGACAGCUCUUUCUCUUUCACCAACCUCGAAGAAGGCACAACCUACGUUGUGGAAGUUAUUGCUGUUCUCACAUCUGGCGCUCAAACUGACAUUUCCGACUUCGAGUUCACUACAAAUGGAAAAUCUCGAGAGCUUGUAGAUUCUUCCGUUCAAUGUGGAUUUGAAAGUCUUGAGCGAAAGUCCUCUUCUAGUUGUGACUUUGAAGGAGGUGGACUUUGCGGAUGGACGCAGAGCUCGAAAAGAUUCGGAUUCUUCCGUUGGCGUGUGGACACUGAGAGGAAUACCCUAGAGAAGAACAAAAUCUUGGUCGCUCCGUUGAACAGAAACGCAAACCUCAAUUCUGCUAGAAUCAUGUCUCCAGCGCGAAAAGGAACUCAGUGUCUCUCCCUUCGAGCCCUCAUCUUCCAACAAACCUCAUUAAAUCUAUCAGUCAAGGUGCGCUUCGCGGUAGAGGGCGAGGAGAGAAAACGAGAAGAGACCAUUAUUUCCUACAAUGGCAAUCAGGGUGGAGACUGGUUCAAUGUCCAACAGACUGUAUUCAUGCCGCCGACGAUUUCCUAUCAAGUUGUCAUCGAGGCGACAAAAUCAGAAGGAAAAGGAACGCCAAUUGCUAUCGACGAUCUCAAACUCGAAUCAGGUCCCUGCUGGUCCAAGGACGAGCUCUAA